AUGCCUGUCAUGCGGACUGCCCACCGGGCUUAUAUGCGGCAAUUGCUCUGCCACGUGUUGCCCGGACGGAGUGCAGGCCAGUUUGCAGGAUGUGUCCCGUGGCAGAUGAACCUUGAGAUGGCACGGAGUGACCCGCCCCAGCUGGCUUUGCAGGGAGAGGCAGGGACGAGACCUCGGCAUAUUUUGUCUGGCAAUGGCGACGCGCCGUGUCUUGACUCCUCUCUGUCUCCCUCCUGCCUUGCAGCCCCUGCCGAAGAACGAUGGGGUACUCGAUGUGGCUGGUUCUCGGCCCAGGCCCCUGCUAGCAGAAGUCAUGGCGGGGGCUUAUGCGCAGCGGUCCAUGAAAGCGCGGAAGUUGCUUCGGCAUGGAAGUCGGUCCGAGAGACGGUCGACGAGAGGGCGCUUGCUUAUGCGCAUGAAGCCGUACAGGCGGGGGCAGCAGCGGCGAAGCCAUCUGCACGGCCUCUGCUAGUGAGGCGCCGAGCCGUGCAGCCCAAGGCGCCGGCAACAUCCGGCAACUUCAGCUCACCAGCCCAAGCCGAUGGAGCAUAA